AUGGCCGAACCCGCUCCAGCUGGCCUUGCCCUUUUCCCCCACGGCGCCUGGGACGUCCACCACCACAUCUUCGACCCCGCCCGCUUCCCCUACUCCCCAACCCGCCACCUCACCCCACCCCCGGCAACAAUAGCAGAAUAUGCCGAAUUCAAGAAGAAACUCGGCAUCACGCACUCCGUCCUAACGCACGGCCUCUCCUACGGCGCCGACAUUUCCUCGCUUACAUCCUUCGUCUGCGACCUCGACAAGUCCAAAACCAAGGCCAUCGGGGUCAUCGACCCGGAAACCAUAACGCCCACCCAACUACACCAGAUGCAGAAAGCCGGUAUCGUGGGCAUCCGAGUGAACCUGUACCAGUAUAGCGCGAUGCACGAUGUGGAUCUGCAGAAAGAGGCGCUGCGGGCCCAUGUAACUGCGAUCAGGGACUGUCAAGGGUGGAGUAUGGCCUUCACGCACGUCCACCCGGAGUUCUGGGCGGAACUAAAGCCGUUUAUACUUAGCGAGAUUGUCCCGACGGGGAUCAGGCUGGUGACGGAUCAUUUCGCGCUGCUCAAGGGGGUCAGUAUGCUGUCUGAGCCUACCAGUGCCAGCGGCGAAAAUGCAGGUGAGGUGGACGUUCUGGCGCAGCCUGGGGUCGCCGAGAUCCUGGACCUCAUGCGCGCGGGCCACCUGUACGUCAAGAUCAGUGCGCCGUACCGGGCCGCAUACGCCGCAGAUGAAGGUCCGGACGGUGGAGGAGGCGCUGGCGGAGACGCCGUAUCUGGAGGUUGA